GACAGAAUUCGUACGGGAAGAUUUCUAAUGUUAUUCAAGAGUCUCGUCGAGGCAGCAGGGAACUUUGUACAGAAGUAAGCAUAUUGAUCGAUUCCGCAACGAAUGUCGCGACAUGCUCUGUCUGCCAAGCUCAUCAGGAGAUGGUUACUUGCAGCUGCUGUGAACGAAAUUUGUAGCCAAAUGCGUCUCACAAGUGAGACCUGUGCAGCAAUCUGCGGUGCUGUCGCAAAGCCCUUGUGCACUUACGCAUGCACUGACAGAAUAGAUGUUGUCAAAGCGGGAACAGCAGCGCGGAGGAAUGAGAAACGCAUGGCUUGCGCUAGGUAAUAGGGGAUGCGUCAAGGGGGUUCUCGA